AUGCCCUCCCUACUCACCAUACCAUCACCAUCUCCAGCUGAUUUCUCCCCAGAAACUAAAAUCCUAGAUAAAUGGUCGACCAAUCAGCUUUUACAGAACAUCAAACGCUACCCGCAAGUGUUUGUUAGCUCCCGAAAAACACCAUUCAUUCAUUCGCGCCUCUACGAUGCAUACUUGCCUGAUGCUAUCCAAGACGCUUUUACAGCCCUAGCAGCUUAUGGCACCAAAAAUCCAGAAACAGAGGAUCUGGUUUUUCGUAUACUGGAAAACAAAACUACCAACCUCGUGGCGCAGGACCACGACACAAGUACCCUGCCCCAGCUCCUCGCCGCAGUGCAUGCACUGAUGCUGUUUCAAAUCAUUCAGCUCUUCGAUGGUGAUAUUCGACAGCGCUCAUUAGCAGAGCAACACAUGGACACAUUACGUAACUGGAAUUUUCAAUUACAAAUACGAACUGGAGAGCUGACUCCUGCGCUCACAUGGCAAGAAUGGAUAGUUGCAGAGAGCGCUCGAAGAACAGUGAUUUUUGCCAUGAUAAUUGAGGGCUUGUAUCUGGCACUAAAAAUCGGACAUUGUCCAAAUGUCAAGGCAAUGAGUAUAUUGCCCUUCACACCCGAGGCUUCCUUAUGGGAUCUGAGUACAAGUGCUUCGUGGCUUGCGGAAUCGGACCACUUGCGUUCGGAAACUGUACUCUAUGGUGACUUCUCAAGGGGUUGGCAGGAGGGACAAGUCCGGGGACGAUUGGAUGGAUUUCAAAAAUUAUUGCUUAUACCGUGUAUGGGUGAGAGAUACAGAGAGUUUCUGGAGAUAGAUGGUUGA